AUGGAUAGUGAGACGCAAGGCGCUGCUCAGGCUCUGAGCACGACAGAUCCAGAGGCCAUGGCGGUGAGACGCCUGGAGCUGGAGCUGGAAAAGGUGCGCCUACAGCUAGAGUGCGAGCGCAUUGCUCUACGGAGAGUGGAGCUCGAGCAGUCGGGCAGGCCGCCUUCAGUGUCGGAAGGAAGUGAUCGCCACCGUGACAUCAGGGAUGGAAUAGCACAAUGUGCUAAAGUUCUUAAGGCAUACCGGUUGCCGUGUGACGCUGACGUUCCGAUAUGGUUUGAUGAGGUCGAAAAGUUGUUUGCUUCUUUUCAAGUACCAGCACAUAGCCGUGUACAUUUGAUCAUGCCUGCGCUGACUGAGCGGGUCCGUUAUCUGUUGCGUAGCCUCAAUGAUGAGGAAUGUACGGAUUACGAGACUGUAAAGAAGGCGGUACUAGAUGAACUUAAGCUCACGCCGGCUGAAUACUUGGGGAGGUUUGAAAAGGCAUCUAAACGAAAGGAGGAAACUUGGGCUCAGUUCGCGUCCCGCGCUAGAACCUAUUUAGCCUAUUACCUUCAAUCUCGCAAUGCAAACACAAAAGAAGCUAUGACGGAGCUUAUGAUCGCUGACCGUAUGAAAGCCAGUCUAAGCUCAGAAGCCCUUGAAUAUGUUCUUUUGCGGGAGGGCGAAGAGUGGUUUAAGCCAGUGGAGGUGGCGAAAGUGCUGGAUACUUUCGAACAAGCUAAAGGGAAAGGACGAGCAACUAAGCCAGCCGCAACAGCUUCAUUGACGCAGCAAGCAAAACUAGCUAGCCCGCAGAGGACAAAUUUAAAAUGCUACGUGUGUCAUAUACAGGGUCACCUAGCCAGAGACUGCCCAAACGCUUCAAAUAAUGAACAGCCGGGGAAUGCGCCGACUGUUCAAAAACAAAGGGUACAGAUGGUUGCUGUUGUAAGUGAAGAACCUCCACCAGAGCAAGAAAGGGUGCUAAGCGCUAGAGUACAAGUUGUAGCUCAAAAUGCUGGUUCAGGGAGGUCAAAGCUGGAUCUUAUCCCUAUCAUGUGCGGGGAUAUAGCAACGGAAGCUGUGUUGGACACAGGUAGUGAGAUAACGGUCGUCCGUAAAAGUAUGUUGCCCGUCGUUUUACAGGAAUCAUCAGGAACAGUAAGACUCGAGUCGGCAUUCGGAAAGACCAUUCGAGCUAACCUAGCUACGCUGCCUGUAGGCAUGCAUCGCCCGGGGGCUGUGAUACAACCGCAGAGGAUCGAACUGGUGUGCGCGGUUACAGACGAACUUGCAAAUGGGGUUGACUGCCUGCUGUCAAAGAAAGAUUGGGAACUACUACAGGCGCAGGAAAAAGAGGAGUUUGGACGAGAAAAUAUUCCGCGAGUAGCCGGUUUCGUUGGGGUCCGAUCAGUCGAAAUGGAGACUACACGGUUUACGCCGUUCGAACUUGUAUGCGAGCGCCACGUCAGGUCAACACUUGACUCCAUGCUACCUCUGGCUGAUAAUAGCCCGACCAGCGAACACAUAGAAGAGUUCCUACAAAGAGCCGAAGAGGCACGCCAGCUUGCUCGGCAUCGUAUCCGGAGCCAACAGCAUACCGCCACCCUUCGAUACAACCAGGGUCGAUGCGACAUCCAUUACAAUACCGGCGGCUGCGUGUGGGUCUGGACGCCCGUCCGCCGCCGUGGACUCUCAGAAAAGUUGAUCCGCUAG